AUGGUCCACAAACCCGAUUCACAUGAGCCUCUUCCUGAGAUCGAUUUCGAGCCCUUUGAACAAUUUGCAGCUUUGAACAGAUCUUUAAAGUACGAGUUUGGAGCCGAAAAGUUCCCGGGUCUCUGGAAAGUCAGUCGAAAGAGUGAUCGCUUCGAGUUCCUUGCUCGCGAUGUUAGUCAUCGACUUCAAGAUGCCGAGGGCAAUCCGACACCACUGUCGCACAUAUUGCAUCCAAAUGAAUGGAACAUCAUGACUUCGAUACUGCGCCUGCUGAACCACGAGAACCUGAUCAACCUCGUUGACUGGAUCCAGAUAGAAACGGCACCGAAUGCAAACCUCACCCUGCCCCCGCGCGACUUCUUCAUCUGGGAUUAUUGCAAUGCGGGAACUCUAGAGAACAUGCUCUUUGACACAAGGCACACGGCCAAGUCAGCGAUCCAGAUUGACCAGGAGGCAAGAGAAAGACAGGAACGUAUUGAACUGGGGCAAGACCCAGACCCAAAGCCAGAGCCCCAGCCAUUCUUGCCCGAGGCUUUCUGCUGGCAUGUUCUUUGCUCUCUGCUCAGUGCCCUGGCCUGGCUGCACGAUGGCAUACGCGAAGACUGGGACGUGAAGGAGAAUGAUUGGGUCACCAAGUAUGCCAAUAUCGAUUGGAUGACCGUGCUUCAUCGCAACAUUACUCCAAGAACCAUUUGGUUCUGCCAUCCACAGACACCCCAUGAAAGCUUUGGUCUUUGCAAGCUGGGCAACUUCAAGCACAACUACAUCUCUGGGGUGUAUAAUGGCAUACUCGACGACACGCAAGACCCUUCAUUGGAUCAGAUAGCCAUGGCCCCCCAGAUGGGUGUACCCCACACACUGGCAGAGCUGCGAAACAAUUAUGAGCGCGAUCCCAUGCAUCCACCUGGGCCAGAUCAGACUUACACCAUUACGAGUGAGUACCGCGCAGUCGCGGACGUCAUCUCGUCAAUGAUGAUUCACCCGAUAGAAACCCACAUAGCCAAUCGCCACUUUGACAGGGUUCGGCAAAUGACCCAGGCUGAGUGGACGACUACAAUAGGAGCGGCGCCGUACACAGAUGUGCUCAAGAACUUUGUGUUUUCUCUCUAUGCACGCAGGGAGUAUUUCGACCUGGCGGACCGGAACACGCCGAAUGACAGGAAGCAUAUGAGUUGGAAGUUGUACAAAGAGGGCCAAGACUUGUAUCAAAAGUUCCGCACCGUCAAGGACGAGGGUAAGGCAACCAUCACUACGACACACGUACAGAUUGAGCAGUGGAAGCGUGAGAAGAGGGCCGAAGACGAGGAGAUUGCAGAGCAGGAGUACACAAAGGGGCUGGUCAAUUACUUGCAAACCACCAACAGAUUCGCAAAGCCCAAGCCGGAUCCUACACCGCUGGACAAUCUUCUGGCCGACAUCAAACAAACUUGCAAGGAGGUCGACAGUUCAAACAUAAGACAUACGCAAUUCCUAUGGGGAUACCACCUAUGA